GGUGAACUGACAGCAGAGGGCGUGACUCACCUGUCAAAUCUGACAGGUGAGCCACGCCUUCAUCCAUCAGCUGAUAAAGACGCGUCACAAACACAUCAGUGACACUCUGAUGAAGGCGGAAGAUUCCGCCGAAACAUGUCAGCAAGGAUGGUGGGCGUGGGGCCAUGAGCCACCAGCAGGAGUCACACGACCACCGUGAUGAACCUCCAACUUCCAACCCCCAACCUCGAACCGCAGCAGCCAAGGGACCAGGAAACGUGUGCGGAGGAGACCCUUCGGGCAAGAACAAGCAUGGGACUCCCCACGCUGGAGUUUAGCGACUCUUUUCUCGAUGGACCCGAUUUCCGAGAGCGUCUCAAGUGUCAUGAGAUCGAACUGGAGAGGACCAACAAGUUCAUCAAAGAGCUCAUUAAGGAUGGGAAUAUGCUUAUCGGCGCGCUGAGGAAUCUUUCUGUGGCCGUCCAAAAGUUCUCCCAGUCGCUGCAGGAGUUCCAGUUCGAGUGCCUCGGUGACGCCGAGACGGAUGAUGAAGUCAACAUCGCCCAGUCCUUCAAGGAGUUCUCCAAGCUGCUCAACACGGUAGAAGAGGAGAGACGCCGCUUGAUUCAGAACGCGGAUGACGUCUUGAUCACUCCCUUGGAAAAGUUUCGCAAGGAGCAGAUCGGCGCCGCCAAGGACGGGAAGAAGAAAUUCGAUAAGGAGACGGAGAAAUAUUACGCCACGCUUGAAAGACACCUCAGCCUGUCAUCUAAAAAGAAAGAAGCUUAUCUUCAAGAGGCCGACACGCAGAUUGACAAAGAGAGGCAACUGUUCUACGACGCGUCCCUCGAGUACGUCUUCAAAAUACAGGAAGUGCAAGAAAAGAAGAAGUUUGAGUUUGUGGAGCCACUGCUGGCCUUCCUGCAGGGCUUGUUUACGUUCUACCACGAGGGAUACGAGCUGGCGCACGAAUUUGAGCCGUACAAGCAGCAGCUCCAGUUCAACCUUCAGAACACGCGCAACAACUUUGUGAGCACCAAACAGGAAGUGGAGAAGUUGAUGAGGAGGAUCAGGUCUGCCGAACAGGACUACAAAGCUCCGGGCCGCUGGAGCAUGGAGGGCUUCUUGUAUGUGCAGGAGAAACGUCCUCUGGGUUCCGCUUGGACAAGGCACUACUGCACGUAUGAGAAGGGCGGCAAAAGUUUCAACAUGAGCAAUAGCGACACUAAAUUGGCCAAUAAACAGAACGGUCUGGUGCUCAACCAGUCCGAGAUGUUCAAGCUCAAGUCGUGCAUCCGGAGGAAAACAGACUCCAUCGACAAGCGCUUCUGCUUCGACAUUGAGGUGGUGGAAAGAAACGGCGUCUGCCGCGGAACUCUUUUCAGGCCGCUUUGGUUGUUCUAUAAAGUCCGGCACGGUGUCAUGACACUGCAGGCGCUGUCCGAGUCCAACAGGAGGCUGUGGUUGGAGGCCAUGGACGGCAAGGAGCCGAUUUACAACCUGCCUGCCAUCCUGAGCAAGAGGGAGGAGACGUUCCUUAACGAGGCCGGCUUUAACUUUGUGAGGAAAUGCAUCGAGCUGGUGGAGAGCAGAGGCAUCAACACCAUGGGGCUGUACAGGAUCGGAGGCGUCAACUCCAAAGUGCAGAGGCUGAUGGCGACGGUUUUUUCAUCCAAGGCGCCCGUGGACAUGGACCUGGAUCCCGAGACGUGGGACAACAAGACCAUCACCAGCGGCCUGAAGAAUUACCUCAGGUGUCUGUCGGAGCCGCUAAUGACCUUCAAGCUGCAUAAAGAAUUCAUCAUGGCUGCCAAAUCGGACGACCAGAACUACAGAGUAUGCGCUGUCCAUUCUUUGGUCCAUAAGCUCCCUGAGAGAAACAAGGAGAUGCUGGAGAUGCUCAUCAAACAUCUCGUCACCGUGUCCACGCAGAGUCAGUCCAACAUGAUGACCGUAUCCAAUCUGGGCGUCAUCUUCGGGCCCACGCUGAUGCGCUCGCAAGAGGAAACCGUGGCCGCCAUGAUGAACAUCAAGUUCCAAAAUAUUGUGAUGGAAAUUCUGAUUGAGAAUUUUAACAAGAUCUUCCUUCAGCCUCCGGAUCCCAACGUGGCACUUCCGGAGCCUCAGACCCGGCCCGGUUCCCGCCGAAGCAGAGCUAUUUGUAUGUCAAGCGGCCCCCGGAAGCCUCGCAGCCUCUACACUCCUACCCUGUGCCUGGCUGACGCAGAAAGUCCCUGCAUAGGCGACGCCUGCAGCAGCAGUCCAGGCAGCACCCCCACGGGCAGCACCGAGUCUCUGUCCUCGCACUCGUCGGAGCACAACGGCCCCCCCAAGACUGAGACUCUGUCCUGCAUCAAAACUACGAGUGCAAUCCUCCCUGACGCCGCGUCCUUGCGCUCCAGCGGGCCCCGGAGCACCGAGUCCAGUUCCAGGGAGGAGGCCGGCCCGACGGACGUGGAGUCGGAGGACGCCCUCAGCGUACCGUCCGUCACCGGUGUUGCCCCCAGAAAGGCCCCCCAUCGACGACACCCUGGACCCGGACCGCCCGAUCUCACAGCUGCAACCUCUCUCAAGUCACUACGUGUGUCUGAAGGUCAAAGGAGCUACUCCAAAUCCGCCCAAAAUCUCUCCACCCUGGAUCUCAUCGAUCACUUGAAGCCAUCGGCGGACCCCCCGGACAUCCCGCCCAAGCUCGUGAUCCGGCGGCGGGGCGCCACAGCCUCAGCCAGCAACGGAUACCAAAGACCAGGCUCAGUGGUGGCUGCCAGAGCGCUGCUUUUUGAACACGCCGAAGCCCCGCAGCUCGGGAGGGACGCCCAAGCUGUGUACUCGUGCGAAGCUGAACACAGCCAUGAGCUCAGCUUCCCCCAGGGGGCGCACUUCUCCAAUGUGUACCCGUCCGUCGAACCAGGAUGGCUGCAAGCAACCUACCAGGGAAAAACGGGUUUGAUACCAGAAAACUACGUCAUCUAUCUUUAAUUUUUUUUGGGAUUUUUUUGUCUCCAUGGUAUCCAUGGAAAAACCCACUACUGGUGAAUGUCGCUGCGUGUUUUCUAUCUGCUUGAACGAGGGCUCCCACAUGACAAGUAUACCUCUUUUUCUUUUUGAUUUGCAAAACAAACUUCUUCAAAUGUUUUUUUUAAUAAGACAUCUUUUCGCAACAUGUUUUUACGACCUCCUUGAGAACCACUUGACUAGUUUUAUUGGCCUGAAAUAUUACCUUCAGCAAUUUGUAAUUAUUUUUUAUGGAAAAACAAACAUCAGCAAAAGAAGCGGGACCUCGCAAGUCGGCGAGGUUUCCCGUCAUGAUCCACUCGCACAGCGUUACGAAAUUUCCCGUCGCCCAUCUGUCUCGUGUCCAUGAUUAAAAUUUGAUAACAAUGGGAAAAUAUCUGUAGGUCAGUUCCCAUGUUGAAAGACGUUUUAUAGCUUGAAUUCCUGAGGCUCGUUUGUAGCUCUGCUUGGCUAAUUUCAUGUUGGGGUAGAAAAUUCUUACACCACCUUUACCUAAUAAUAAUAACGAUAAUGCACCUUACAUUACUGCGGUCAUUACACUGGCCGUACACUUUUUGCUGUCACUGUGUUUGUAAAUCAUAGAAAUGAUCAUACCCUGUAAAGCAUGGGUUCUCAAACUUUUGGGGUUCAGAGGAAAUGCCAAAAAAACACAAAAACAGCACGCAUGUCACGAAUUAACCACUGCACUUAAAUAUAGUCAAAUGAAAACUUUACAUAAUGAUUCAAUUGAAAUACACAUACGUAUAUAAAUUCUACCAAUAAACAAAAGACUUAAUGAAAUUAUUUCGGGGUGACUCUUAGAAUGUGUCCUGGUCAAACAUAUUCAGGACAUACUGAAGGAAAGUUUGACCUUAUUUUGAAGAAGUUUAUUUUUGGGCUCUGAUGUCGCACUCCUGGACCAUACUUUGUGAGAACCACCCAUAUACUUUAACAAUUGUAGCCACAGGAACAUUUUGUAGCCUGGCCAUUUAAUUCAGUGAUUCCUUUGUGUACCACAAGCUCUACAUAACCAAACUGUAUAUUCAUGAUACCACAUAAUCCUUUAUUGCAAAUUGAUUUGCGGACCCCCACGCUACGACUCAUGGACCCCAGUUUGAGAACCACUGCUGUAAUUUUUUUCGUGUUAUCAAAUUGCUGGGCAGGAUGACUUCAGCGUACGUGUUUGUGGUACACAGGUGUACCAGCAUUAUAUAUUUUUUUUAUUACUAUUAAUAUUAUUGUUGUAAUCUUAACAUUUCAAGGGCUUUAAAAAAAAAAAAAAAUCCCCUUCGGUUAUCCAACUGAAACGUGACUGUACUGGAGGGGAGGGACCGAAACUAUAUUUCAGGAAUGUCAGGUGGCCUUGGCUGCUUAUGAGUGAUGUGGGAAGACUGAUGAGAAAACUCCCUAUAAGUGAAGAGUUGCAAGGGUGCGUUGCGGAAAUUUGAACCAUGUCUCGCAUUGUGUAACAUUUCCACACGUGGGGAGGUUGUUUCCUCUGCAAGCAACUGCUGUCUACACGCUGCAUUUACACCUUUUAUAAAUAAACACAAUGAUUUAUGAA